AUGGCCGACAUCAUUGGAGAAAACACUCCACUCUCUGAUGAAAUCAUGAACGCUCCUCAUCCCAAGUUUAAAAUGCCGCAUAUUGAGAAAUACAAAGGCGGAUGUGACCCAGUCGACAAUGUGCAAAACUUCUUUGACUUAAUGUCACUGCCGGCGACCACCUCCUCAUCUCGCAAAGCCCUAAGCAAGAUCGCAUGUAAUCGUCUCCAGAAGGAGCUCGUCGAGUGGCAGGUCAAUCCCCCCGCCGGAUUCAAGCACAAGGUCUCUGAUAAUCUCCAGAGAUGGGUUAUUGAGGUUAAUGGAGCGCAAAGGACUUUGUACGCCAAUGAGACUUAUCAGCUUCAGGUUGAUUUUCAUGAGCAUUACCCUAUGGAAGCGCCUCAGGUGAUUUUUCUGAAUCCAGCACCGUUGCAUCCGCAUAUCUACAGCAACGAGCAUAUUUGUUUAGAAGAUGGAUAUCUGCCUAUUAUAUUUCCUUGUUUGCAACUUAAAGCAAAUGCCAUAAUGAUAUCUGCCUAUUAUAUUUCCUUGUUUGCAACUUAA